GUUCAAUGACAUCACUGAUGUUACUUUUAUAGGGAUUAUAGUAACAGAAAAGUGUUUACUCUAAUUAUUUUCUUGAAGUAACGUCAAUAUAGUAGCAAUAUAUAGAAAAGAAAGGUAGGUACUUUCUUUAGCAAUAUAAACUAAGUAAAGGUGAUAUUCAACAACAUAACAAUAAUAUUUUAUUUUUUAUAAACCAAAAAUUUGAAUCAACAUAUUGAUAAUACAAAUCUUUUGUGAGAAAAACGGCGUCUCCAUAUUCCUAUUCCUCACAUGCCCUUACAAAGGAACGGGAGUGUAGGUAUAGUUCUCUCCUGCAGCCUGCAGGUGAAAUUCGAUUGUUUCCCUUUUUAUAAGUGUGCAAAGUGAAAAUUCAGUUUUCCAUUUUUAAUCAUUAGCGGUACCUAUAAAAUAAUGGCCAUCAACUUCAAGCAUUUUUUUUCAGCAAAUGAAGAUAUGUAGGUAAGUUCUUAAUUUGAUGAUAAUCUACAGCGAAAAAACUUCUGCCUAGGAAGGAAAAUAAUUUACUUUCCUUCAUAGGGAGGCGAAAUUACUAUUUUCCUACCUGAAAACAAGGUAACAAAUUGUCACUUUCUGACAGUCAUAAGAAAAUUUGUCUUUCCUGCCUUGCCUAUAAUUGUGCCUGUUUUAUAAGUAUUCUAUUCUAUUCUUCAAAGUCAAGUCAGGUUAUUUUUUAUUUAUUUCCAUUUUUACUCUAAAACAAAUGCCAAGAACCAAGAAUAUCACCUUUACUUUAAAUUGCUAAAGAAAGUAAUUACCUAUCUACAUAUUGACGUUACUUCAAGAAAAUAAUUAGAGUAACACCUCCGUUACUAUUAACCCCUAUUAAAAGUAACGUUUUCAUCAGUGACAACAUUGAAUUGAUGUUACUUUAAAGAAAAAUUAUAGUAACACCUCUGUUACUUUAGCCAGGGCCAAAGUAAAAAGGUUGUGGAUUCUUAAGAAGUUCAAAAAUCACGUUUAAAUAACCGCGGAAAUCGAAGGAAAAAGAGGUUAGAACAUAACCUCGAAAUCAAAGGAGAAAAGAGUUCUUAACUCAGGGAAAACAAAAUAUUUGGUACCUACUCCCUACUCGUAUUAGGUAUCACUUCCCCCAAACUUUAAGAAACAAAGACACCCCAUAAAACUUAAUUGACAAUACGUAUAGAUUAUGUUAAGUUAUAUUCUUACCCAAAUCCUGUAUUUCCAUGAGUUUUUUGUCCUCUUUUGCUUGCAAAUCCCUGGCUACCUCUUCAGACAUAAUUUCAGCCAGAUUUACAGGUUCUGGCUUCGCGAUUUUUGCCCAGGGACAAGACAUGUUUCAACUUUACUACUAUACUUGUCUAUAAACCAAAUUUAAACUAAAUAUUGAGGUAGUUUUGUGAUAAAGUUAUUAAAAAAUAUUGUGAAAUAUUUACCAAUGUGGAUGAAGUUUGUGGAUUGAUAUUGUGCAAAAUUGGCGGAAGUCACAGGUCGACCUAUAAGCGCUGUUGCCAAAUUUAUUUUGUAGCAACACUUGACACUUCUAAUUCCUAACCUUACUUUUUAAAUUUGGCGCCCUCCUUGCCUUGGUAUGUUGAUAUUGUGAAAUUGUUAUAAUUUUUUAAAUUAAUUAUUCCAAUUGUUCAAAAAAUCAGUUUAUUUAGUGUAUUUUAGAUUAAUUUAACUAUGAAGAAUAUAACUGACUAUUUUACUAGUCCAACUAAAGCAACGAAAUCCUCUAUUCAAGUGGUAAAUACCAGUGGAAGCCCAAAAGAUCAAAAUGUAAGCCCUAAUAAUACCAGCCUAAAAUCACCCAAAGAAAGGACUGAUAAAGCUGAAAACAAGAAAAAAUUAACUAAGAAAAAGAAGAAAAGGAAACCAACAGAUCCCGAGGUAAAGAGUAUAGCUGAACUAUUCUCUAACAAUCUUAGUAUAAUUUCUCCAAAUACAAGUGGAACCAAUAAUAAAUCCACUGAUAAGAACCAAGAAAGGAAAUCAUUGCAAACCCCCAUUAAAUCGACAAUAAAAUCUAAGGAAAGUUCAACAAAACCCACAACAAAGAAAGCAGAAACGAAUGCUAACAAUAGUAGUAGUAGUACCAAAAAGAGUCAACCACUAGAGGAAUCAUCUUCCCAACAGACUCCAAAAAUCAAUGCUUUUCAGUUUUUAAUGAACAGUAGAAACAAUAUUAUAGGCCAAAAUACUGGUGGAAAAGAGGAUGACAGUCAAAAUGAUUCACAUUGCGAAGACAAACAAAAGUUAGAGGCUAGGAAAAAUCUAUUUAAAAAUUGGGCUGAUCGAAAAGGGGCUGGUAAACGUAAAAGGCAGGAAGAGGAGGUUGAAAAGUGUAUUGAUAUUAAAAUGAAAAAAAGGGUUAAAAGAUUGAAAAACUUGAUAGAAGGUGAAAAGAAAAAAGAGCCACAAUCAAAGAUUAAAAAGAAAGUGGAAAUAAUUAGUUCAUCCGAAUCAGAGAAUAGUAGAGAUUCAGUAACUGAAAAAACUGAAACUUUAAGCGUUAUUGAAGUAGAAGAAAAUUCUCAGGAUGUAAGCAUAUCAACAAAAUCCUCAGUGAAAAAACAAGAAGGAAAUAAUUUUGUAGAUGAAUUUGAUGGAGAAGAUUCUGAAUACAGUUUUCCGAGCAGUUUUGAUGACUCACCUAAGCAAACAAAUACAAAAAAUAUAAUAAAAAUAAAAAUGUUUACCCCUCUAAGCAAAAUUAGUAAUAAAUCAUCUCUAGGAAGUAACAAAGAAAAACAUAAUAAAUCCAAAAACCAGGUAAAAUUAGAUGAUUCUUUAAAUGAUUUCUGUUCGCCUGUUAAAAAAACAGCAAAAACAUUCAAUAAAAAUAAAGUUAAAUCCUCAGUAAAAGCUAAAAAGGAUAUUGCAAAGGUUUCCAAGCAAACUAAGGAAAAUCUAGAAGAUUGCCAGGUCAUAAUUACAGAUGAAUCAUCUAACGAUUCUGAUUUAAUAAUAAUUAGCAAUAGCAAAAUAAAUAAACAGCUGAUUAUAGAUGAUGAUUCUAAUUCAAAUAUUGAGUGUUUGAAAAGGACAACCAAGGAGGAAGAAAUAGUCUCCUUGAUUGAUGAUGUGGUGGACACACCAGGAAGAUCAUUAAGAAAACGAAGUGUUAUAAACUAUACAGAAACACUUGGACUACCUAAGAAUAUUAAAAUAAAAUCAACCAACAAAACAAAAAAUUCCACCAAAGAUUGCCCUAUAGAAACAAUUGAUUUAUUUUCAAAUAAGGACAGUAAUAAAGAUAAGAAGCAGCCUAAAAAAACUCCAGUGAAAUUAGCCCCACUUUUCAAAAAACUAGCCCCUAAACCCAAGUUGGAUCCAGAAGUAGUAGAAGCUAGAAGACAAUUUUUGAUAAGCGGAGUUCCUGAUUCAUUAAAAAAGACUAUAAGGAAACAAAAAAGUAAUGAAGAAAGAGAAUAUGAUGUCUUCCCUACAAUAAGUCACGUACAACAAAAAUGCGAUAGCCAAAUGUGGAACAUGCCAGAAGCUGACCUAAAUUUAAAAAAACCAAUUUCUCCUAAUAUUGACACAGAAAACUUAAAGUGUGAAAAUUUAAUUGCAAGAAAACUACCCUAUGAAAUAAAUAUAACAACCAAGGUGGAAAAAGUAAAAAAUAUUAAAGGCAUUCUUCAACAAAUCAAAACGGAGAACCCUGAUUAUCCUGUAUUUAAAGUAUUCAGACACAUCUAUGAAAAGAGUGGCAAGCAGUUUUUGAAUGAAAUUCCAAAUAACAAGAAGUCGCCUAAAAAACAAACCAAGAAAAGAAAAAGUAAGUGCCUGGAUGAAGUUCAAGCUGAUAUUAAUAAUAUUAAAGAUCAUGAAAUGUGGACAGAAAAAUAUAAACCAAGAAGUUCAGAGGAAAUUCUUGGCAAUCUCCAUAGUGUUACAGAGUUAAAAAAAUGGUUGGAAAUCUGGAUGAAUUAUAGACAAGAAAUAAAAGCAAGGAAUAGGAAACGUUGCAAUAGUGAGUCUGAGUUUGAAAGUACUGAUUGUGAUAGCAGAGAUUCCAUGUGUCUACCAGGAAAUACCAUAGUGCUUUAUGGACCUACGGGCAGUGGAAAAUCAAGUGCUGUAUAUGCUAUAGCCAAUGAACUAGGGUUUAACGUGCUUGAACUUAAUGCUUCUACUAAAAGAACUGGUAAAAAGCUUUUGAAUGACCUACAAGAAGCCACCCAGUCGCACCAGGUGAAGAAAAACGGACCAUUUUCAAAUUUAUCCGUUGAUAAAUCUGAAGACAAAAAACGUAGCAAAAGCAUGUGCAUUUUAUUUAUGGAAGACAUCGAUUUAAUAUUCGAGCAAGACGAAGGCUUUUUGUCAUCUCUAAAUCAAUUAAUCCUAACGAGCAAAAGGCCUAUAAUACUAACAACCACCGAUAAUACUCCAGUUCAUGUGCAAAAAUUCAUAAGUCAAUAUGAAUGUAUACGUUUUAUGCCCUUAUCAAUGCAUUGUUUAGGAAUUUGGUUACAUAUAGUAUGUUUAGUUGAAGGGAUUUUAGCCGAUAAAGAUGAUUUGGGGAUUUUACUGGACUAUAAUAAGGGCGACAUAAGGAAAACACUUCUGGAAAUUCAAUUUUGGAGUUUAACUGGAGGUCAGUUGGAGAAAAAUAAACGUUUGCCUAUCAAAAACUUCAACGAUGUAGAAUUAAGUUCUGAAAUUAAGCAUGAUACAAAAGAAUUUGUGCACAAACAUUGCCUAGGAAGCUUCGAAAUAUUUCGAGAAAAUAAAGAGCAUUGUAUUCCUCAAAAUAUGGACUUGGGCCUUCUAUGGUGGAAUGUUCCUAAUAUUCUUAAUCUUCCUAGUUGUCCCUCAAGAAGGCUAAGCACCGACAAAAUACAAAACAGUCAAGAAACCCCAGAAAUUCUUACUGAAAUUGAUACAAACAAAUUGAAUUCAAUGUCAGAGUUAUACGAUUCUCUUACUUUAUGUGAUUUAUUGAAGAAAAAGGUAAAUUGUUGUAAUUCAAAUGAACCAAUAGUAAAAAAUUGGUCUGCAGAGGUGCUAGAAUCCUUAGAGUUAAUUGAAAGAGAAGAAGAUGGCAAAGGAGUUUUUGUGGAUUUAGUACAAGAACUAACACAUAAUGUUUUAGAUGGAUGUAUAGAGAAUUAUAAAAAAGUUACAGGGACCAGCUAUAGUUUGAAUAUGGCUCUGCCUGAUUCAAAAGAGAGAAAGUGGCGUGCCAACCAACACAUGUGCGAAGACUUCCUCAAAGGUCCUAUUCCUCUAAGCAACACUCUGGAAAGAAAAUCCGUAGCUUUAGAUUAUUUAUCGACUUUGAGACACAUUGCUCGUUCAGAGCAGCAAAGAGCCAUAGUAAACACUAAAAGAAGCAACAGGUUUAGGCAUUAUCUAAAAGACUUUGUACACUUCAAACAGAAUCAUUGUGAUUUUGCUUGCAAUAUUUUGAAAAUUGAUUGAUUUUGUUUAGUUUUUAAGGGUUUGUUGUGGUUUUUUAAAGACUGUUUCAUUUUUAAUAUUGUUUUGAGGAAAAUAACUUUGUAUAUGUAUAGGAAAUUAGAAUAUUUGAAAAAAAUUGAUAGUUUAAUUUUUUAUUUAUGUAAGUAUUUGUAUUUUCAAGUAGAGACAGACGUACACUAAUGAAACAGGUGUUUAUUAUUGCUCUUUAAGUGAAAUCUGGAAAGACUGAAAGUGCAACGACAAGUUAUAAAUUAUAUAAGUGUUAUUUUACCUAUUGAUUAACAAAAGCACAAGCACAAAGCGAACAUGCAUAUUGCUAAAAAAUCAUUUCAAGUUUGGCAUUAGUUGGCUAGAUGAGAAAUGGCAUGGGCCCUUAUUCUUGUGACAGGGGAGCAGCGUUCUCAUAAGAAUGAAGGUUCUAUCUUAGUCGCCCAUAUUUAUAUUUUCAUAACACUGACAAUGUUUCUCGUGAGAACCCUGGUUACCAGAAUAGACACCCUGAUAUUAUACUAGAACAAAAAAAAACGUAUUAUGAACCAAAGCAUGAUGAAAAGAUUACAGAAUAUAGUCGAGAAUCUGAUGUCCAAAAAGUGGCAAGAGGGGCAGCACUCCAAAGUAUACUAUAAAGUUGAAAAAAAUUGUUUGGAAUAUAAAACCAUAAUAUACUGGAUUUGAUUUUGGGAUUCUCUCUCAAAUUAGGACUUGAGAAACUUAUGAAAAAAAUUAUUUUUGAGAAUAUAGUUCAAUCGGUAUUAUUUACCUAUUAAAAGUUUUGUUUAUUACGUCAUAUCUCAUGUAUUUAUGUAGUUACCAUUACCAACGUGAAUUUUUCAGGAAUUGUUCUUAAUAAUAUUUCCUCUCUUCUAGAGUCGCUUUGCUUCAGCCAUUUGUCGAUAAAAAAAUAUAAACUAUCGCUUUCCG